ACAACAUGGAAGCAAUGUGUUCUGAUCUAACAAGGAGUAUAUCGAAACUAACAAGCGAAGAAACGGAAAAAAAUCGCAAAAGCUUGAUAAAGAAUGGGUGUUUAAGUAGCACGUACGUCACAACCGUUUUUCUGCUAGAUACAUCAGCUAGCAUGGCGGGGACGGGCCUGGAACAAAUGAAAACGGCUUUUAAGGAUAUCAUCUAUGAGUUUUCUAAACACCCAUCCGUAUCUGAGAAUGUUAUGGUAGUCACCUUUGGUCGAGACGUUAAGGUUAUCCAGCACUAUUCAGAUAAACACAAGACAAUUUCUAGAUGUGUUGAUGGUUUAGAAUGCGAAGGAGGUAGCCCAUUGCAAGAGGGCAUCGUCUUGAGUACGUCUGGCAUUAGUUCAGCUCCUUAUAGCGUGAUAGGGUCAUUUCAUGUCAGGACCAGAAUUGUCAUAAUAACUGAUGGUAAACCUACAGGGACAGAUGAAGGAUACAACUUGGGUCGUCCGCAUUCCCUUACCGAGUUUAGGGAGCCAGUCAUGAAUGCUGUAAGAAUGAUUGGAAAGUUUAACCCGAUAUUUUGUAUUCCGGUUGGAAAUGACCCUGAUAUUUGUUUCCUUGGAACUCUGGUGGCGGAAAAUGGAGGAGGAAAACUUAUUCCAUGCCACGAGGCGAGACAAUUUGGCAGAUAUGCACUAAACAUAGACUUAGCUUCAAAAGUUUUAGAGCGUCUCCCUGUUGAAGAUCAUUUUUCAAAUGAAGCAAUUAGGAUGGCUGUUUCACGACUUCAUACAGCAACUGAGAUGGACUUGGAAGAUGUUUGUGAAAUUAUAAGCAAACAGCAUGUAUACAGAUCGAAUAGUUGUAUAGUUAUUGAAAUGACAAAUGAACAAGAAGACGAGUUCCAAGAACGAUAUCAGCACAUGCCUACGGUAGGGACACGUGUUCGAAGAGGACCAGACUGGGAGUGGAAAAAUCAAGACGGACAAGGGGCAGGUACAGUUGUAGGACACUCCAAAAGAGUUGGAUGGAUCAACGUUGAAUGGGACACUGGGCUUACAAUGUCUUAUAGAUAUGGAAACAACGGAAUGAUUACUGCGUAUGAUAUUGAACCUUGCGAUGAGCCAAGAAUUCUUGAGGACCAGCCCAUUGCUGUCGGAUGUCUUGUCCGUAGAGGUCCUGAUUGGAAAUGGGAUAAUCAAGAUGGCGGUGAAGGAAAUAUUGGAAGGGUAUAUCGUCUUAAAACACCAACAGAAAUAUAUGUCCGAUGGCACAAUGGACAUAAAAGCAAUUAUAGAUAUGGCUAUAAAAACCGCUACGAUGUUGAAUUAUGUGAUCCAUUUGAUGGUCGGAUAAAGGAAUUAUUGAGGAGAGAAGCACAUAGAACACCGCUAACAGACGGACAUAAAUCAAGUUUUAGAACGUCUUCGAAUUAUUCCGAUGAUUCCAUGCAAAGAGAAAAAUGUUUACCCCCAGGGUUACAAGUUACACAAUCUGAAUCAGAAAGAACUUCUGAAAUAUGUUAUAAAAGGAAGAGUUAUUUCAAAAACUCAAACAAAACAAGUAGAAAAUGGCAGUGGCGAGGGCUAGAUAACAAAUGGUUUGACUUUCCAAAAAAUGCAAAUGAAGUCAUCGAGCAAUGUUCGAAAGGCAAAGGGGCAACCGUUAUAAUUAAUCUAAAUGGACAGUUGUGUAGAAUCAAUCUAAAGAAGAAAACUAUGGUAAACACCAUAACCAAAGAAGUAACUGAAGUCAGGAUACUGGAGAAACCAAUUACAUCAUCAGUUCAUGAUGUAUUAGAUGUCAGCAAUUUCAUCCUUUAA